AUGCCUUCGUGGGCAAAAGUCUUAGACGGAAAGCCUAAGCCUGAGGAAAGACUGAGGGCGCUCGCCAAUGCUUACAAGAAGUACUCCCCAAGGACGAUUCUUCGAGAAGCCCUUGGAUACUACGAUAACAUCCUCCCAGAAGUCCCGGAUAUUGCCCGCCCCCUCGUUGACCACAUCAUCGUCAUCUGUGUUGACACCGAGUCCCAUACUCUCAACACGGACCAGAUGACAGAGCUCGGUCUUGUCCACAUUUCACGUAAGACUGCCCAGGGUGUUGGUCCUCCCGGGCCACACGGUUGGAAGCUGCAAGAGGCGCUGCAAUUCCUGCACUUUCGCAUCGCCGAACAUGCUCACUUGCACUCCAACCGAGAAGAUUCGGCUGGUCCACUAGGAAACCGCUUCGGCAGUACCCGUUUUACUACCUUCCAAGAACUUCGUGUCAUUCUUGAGUACCUGUUCAACCAAGAGAUUGAGACCAACGAGCCCGAGCUGAAAGGCUGCAAGUGUCCAAUUGUCCUUAUCGGCCAUGCGCUUAAGCAUGAUGUAGAGAACACGACAAAGCCGGGACUGGACUACGACAUCACCGACAAUCUCACCCUUGUUGCCAAAGUUGACACCCAGUCUUUGGCCCGUGAAGUGAAAGUUUGGAUCCCUCCGUCCGACAUGUCGACAAACGAGAUCGGUCUGAGGGUGCUAAUCGAGAAGCUCGGAUUCGAACAUGUUGAUGACCACACUGCAUGCAACGAUGCUGCCCGGACCAUGAUGUGCGCAAUCCACAUGAUCCUGCCAGACGGCCUCCUGGAGUCAGACAACCCCUCUAUGCAGGCUGUGGCUAACCGAGUUGAAAACUUGAGUAAGGAAAUGUCUUCUGCGCCCUAUGGCACAGUCUUGGUUUGUACACGCUGUGGUUGGCGCGAUCAUUCGGUAGAGGAUUGCACGGCCAAUGUUACAUGCGCAGCAUGCAAGAGUUUCGACAUUGGACCUGACCACGAUGAGAACGUCCACAGUCACAUCGAGACGUACUGUCCACAUGUGGCUAGGUUCAAGGCCUGGGCGCGUCGUUUUCGAGACGCGUCCAAGAAGUACGGCACGAAUCUAAAGGCAUUUCCCGAGGCUGUGGCCGAGGGCCCAGGGCUUGACGCUCAUCCGUGGUCGACAUGGCCAGAGGACGUUGGGUGGCCGCUGAGGGAGUUGUCGGAUGUCCUGGUCGGCAUGAACUGGGUGAGCGACCCCCCUCAUCUCCGGGAGCCUCCAGCUUUCGCCCGCAACAUGCAGGCAGCUCUUGGUGGCCUUUCAGUUCCACCAAACGGCAACUGGGUCAUGAUGGCGGCUCAUGGCUCCAGGAACGGUAC